GCUUUAUAAAAUCGGGCUUUAGGUGCAACCGUGAAACGCUGAUCAGCUGCAAGCUCCAGACCUUCUUCUGCACCAGAGAAAGUCUAAGCCUGAGCCGGCUCCCCCAGAACUCCAGCUACUGGGUCUUGAACUCCUGAGUACCGGAGUCUUAGCCUUGCUGCACCCGAGGCCACUCCCGAAUCAUGCGCUGCGCUCCGACAGCAGGCGCUGCCCUGAUGCUAUGCGCGGCUACUGCGGGGCUGUUGUGCGCGCAAGGGCGCCCUGCACAGCCGGAGCCGCCGCGCUUCGCAUCCUGGGACGAGAUGAACUUGCUGGCUCACGGGCUGCUGCAGCUCGGCCACGGGCUGCGCGAGCACGUGGAGCGCACCCGUGGGCAGCUGGGCGCGCUGGAACGCCGCAUGGCUGCCUGCGGUAACGCUUGUCAGGGGCCCAAGGGAAAAGAUGCACCCUUCAAAGAUCCCGAGGAUAGAGUCCCUGAAGGCCAGACUCCUGAGAGUCUUCAAAGUUUGCAGACUCAGCUCAAGGCUCAGAACAGCAAGAUCCAGCAACUGUUCCAGAAGGUGGCCCAGCAGCAGAAAUACCUAUCAAAGCAGAAUCUGAGAAUACAGAAUCUUCAGAGCCAGAUUGACCUCUUGGCCCCCACACACCUAGACAACGGGGUAGACAAGACUUCAAGGGGAAAGAGGCUUCCCAAGAUGGCCCAGCUCAUUGGCUUGACUCCCAAUGCCACCCGCUUACACAGGCCUCCUCGGGACUGCCAGGAACUCUUCCAAGAAGGGGAGCGGCACAGUGGACUUUUCCAGAUCCAGCCUCUGGGCUCUCCACCAUUUUUGGUCAACUGUGAGAUGACAUCAGAUGGAGGCUGGACAGUGAUUCAGAGACGCCUGAAUGGCUCUGUGGACUUCAAUCAGUCCUGGGAAGCGUACAAGGAUGGCUUCGGAGAUCCCCAAGGAGAGUUCUGGCUGGGCUUGGAGAAGAUGCACAGUAUCACAGGGGACCGAGGAAGCCAGUUGGCAGUACAGCUACAAGACUGGGAUGGCAAUGCCAAAUUGCUCCAGUUUCCCAUCCAUUUGGGGGGCGAGGAUACAGCCUACAGCCUACAGCUCACUGAGCCCACAGCCAAUGAGCUGGGUGCCACCAACGUCUCCCCCAAUGGCCUUUCUCUGCCUUUCUCUACCUGGGACCAAGACCAUGAUCUCCGCGGGGAUCUCAACUGUGCCAAGAGCCUCUCUGGUGGCUGGUGGUUUGGCACCUGCAGCCAUUCCAAUCUCAAUGGACAAUACUUCCACUCUAUCCCACGGCAACGGCAGCAGCGUAAAAAAGGGAUCUUCUGGAAAACGUGGAAGGGCCGCUACUAUCCACUGCAGGCUACCACCCUGCUGAUCCAGCCCAUGGAGGCUACAGCAGCCUCCUAGCCUCCUCACUGGAGCCUGGUUCGAGGCCUAAGAAGACAGUGACUUUGGUUGUGGCCCUAAGGUAUGGCCAUUCUCUGCUGGGGGCAAGAGCUCUAAGUAGGGCUAUCUGGAGUCUCGUGGACAGAGAAGAAGCCCAUAACUGGAGAGACUGGAGGACCCCUUUUCCGUGUUGGGGUCUACAAGCAUUGUUGUCUGAAACAGUCAGAGCAACAGGAAACAAAUGGCCCAGACCCAGAAAACAUGGGCUCAAGGGGCAUUGAAUUUCACUUCUCGUCUACCUGAGAAGUUGGGGAUGCAGAGGGACCACGUCAGUCGAACUAGCUGGGCCCUUAAUGGUGGACUCGGUCAUAUUGACUGAUUGGAGACAGGGUUCCCAGGAGCCCUGGAUACACUCUUGGUGCUGUUGUGGGUGCUGUGGAUGAAUAGGUGCCAACUGUGCUUCCCAGGCAUGGCUCACAGCAUUCUUACAAUAAAAACAACCUCAGAACA